CAAGAGAGAGAGAGAGAGAGAGAGAGAGAGGGAAAGGGUUUUGUAGAGAGGGAGAGAAUUCGAAACCCAAAUCCAAAUAAAAGAAAAAAGAAAAAAAAAAAGUAGGGUGGUGGCGGAUCGGAGGCCCAGAGAGUAGGCAUCGGAAGAUGAGUAGGCAUCGGAAGAGAUCUGCGAUGGAGGGAGUUGGGGCCCGACUAGGGCGGUCCUCGACCCGGUACGGACCGGCCACGGUGUUCACUGGACCGGUUCGGAAGUGGAAGAAGAAAUGGGUCCACGUAUCUCCCUCUUCUGCUUCCUCUAAUUCCAACACCAAUCACAAUCACAAUCACAAUCACACUCACAAUCACACUCACACUCACUCUCACGCUUCCAACGCUUCCCAUCUUCUCCUUUACAAGUGGACCCCAAUCACCCAAAGCCACAACACCACCACCAACUCCAACGCUAACGGUACCGCCAAGGACGCGCUGCCCGAACCCCCCGAAGAACCGCCCCGAAGAAAAUUCAAAUACGUUCCGGUUGCUCUACUAGAGGAGCAGAGAAAUGAAGCUGCAGAAAAUGAGGGUGCUGAGAAGGUCGACGAUGAUUCUAAACCAAUUGAUUCUGAUUCAGGUGCAGCAGAUCCAGCUCGCAAGAAUGAGACUUUGGAUGAAAAACCUGACAUAAAUGAUGUCCCAAUGGAAGAAAGUCAGUCUCAGUACAAAAAUCAGGUGGUGCGCCAAGAUCUGAACGAAAGCACAUUGGAUUUAAGUUUGGGCUUGACAUCGCAUGAUGAUGAACAUGAUUCUGAUUCAAAAACUAAUCAAGCAAGAGAUGGCCAGUAACGCAAGUUAAUUCAUGUGGUACUGAAACAUGAACAGGGGUCUCAUGAUUCUCCGGAUAGUGAGAACAUAAAUGGGCAGUCUAUACAUUUGUUUGAUGGAAGGGAAUUUUCCCCUGGCUUUAUGUUCAACCACUUGUUAUUUUAGAUUGGAUUAUUGUAACGGCAUAUGCCUAUAGUAUGGAUUUUUUUUAUUCAGUGUCCUUGCUGCGCUGAUCUAAUAUGUAUUGGAGGAACGGAUAGUGUACCUUUUUCCCAAUCAUUGGACAGAUUUUUUUUCCCCAUAUAUUUAUUGAAAUCGGAUAUUCUGAACUUCGAAA